AUGGAUUUAGUUGUGGUUGACUGCUCUUCUGUAUAAUAAUGUGGUUGACUGACUGGUCUCUCCUGUAUAAUAAUGUGUUGUGGUUGACUGACUGGUCUCUCCUGUAUAAUAAUGUGUUGUGGUUGACUGACUGGUCUCUCCUGUAUAAUAAUGUGGUUAUGGUUGACUGACUGGUCUCCCUUGUAUAAUAAUGUGAUUGUGGUUGACUGACUGGUCUCCCUUGUAUAAUAAUGUGGUUGUGGUUGACUGACUGGUCUCCCUUGUAUAAUAAUGUGAUUGACUGACUGGUCUCUCCUGUAUAAUAAUGUGGUUGUGGUUGACUGACUGGUCUCUCCUGUAUAAUAAUGUGGUUGUGGUUGACUGACUGGUCUAUUCUGUAUAAUAAUGUGGUUGACUGACUGGUCUCCCUUGUAUAAUAAUGUGGUUAUGGUUGACUGACUGGUCUCCCCUGUAUAAUAAUGUGGUUGACUGACUGGUCUAUUCUGUAUAAUAAUGUGGUUGACUGACUGGUCUCCCUUGUAUAAUAAUGUGGUUAUGGUUGACUGACUGGUCUCUGUCACGAUCGUCUGAAGGAUUGGACCAAUGCGCAGCGUUGCGAGUGAACAUGAUGACUUUAUUAAUCCAAAGAAACCACGAAAAACAACAAAAGACGAUACGUGAAGUUCUAUACUGAAACACACUAACAACAACACAGAAACAAUAACCCACAAAACAAAGGUGAAAACACACAGAAUAUAUAUGGCUCCCAAUCAGAGAUAACGAGCCGACAGCUGACACUCGUUACCUCCGAUUGGGAGUCAUCGACCAAUCACCACAUGACACAAACAAAAUGAAACUCACCCAUACCACACACCACCAAAUGAAAUACACCCAAACACAAGAAAAUGAACAACCCUGGCUCAAUAUAAACGUCCAUAGAGCCAGAGUGUUACAGUACCCCCCCCUAAAGGUGCGAACUCCUGGCUGGACGGCUCUGGCGGAUCCUGGCUGGACGGCUCUGGCGGAUCCUGGCUAGACGGCUCUGGCGGAUCCUGGCUGGACGGCUCUGGCGGAUCCUGGCUGGACGGCUCUGGCGGAUCCUGGCGGGACGGCUCUGGCGGAUCCAGGCUGGACGGCUCUGGCGGAUCCCGGCCGGACGGCUCUGGCUGCUCAUGGCUGGCUGACGGAUCUGGCUGCUCAUGGCUGGCUGACGGAUCUGGCUGCUCAUGGCUGGCUGAAGGAUCUGGCUGCUCAUGGCUGGCUGACGGAUCUGGCUGCUCAUGGCUGGCUGACGGAUCUGGCUGCUCAUGGCUGGCUGACGGAUCUGGCUGCUCAUGGCUGGCUGACGGAUCUGGCUGCUCAUGGCUGGCUGACGGAUCUGGCUGCUCAUGGCUGGCUGACGGAUCUGGCUGCUCAUGGCUGGCUGACGGAUCUGGCUGCUCAUGGCUGGCUGACGGGUCUGGCUGCUCAUGGCUGGCUGACGGGUCUGGCUGCUCAUGGCUGGCUGACGGAUCUGGCUGCUCAUGGCUGGCUGACGGAUCUGGCUGCUCAUGGCUGGCUGACGGAUCUGGCUGCUCAUGGCUGGCUGACGGAUCUGGCUGCUCAUGGCUGGCUGACGGAUCUGGCUGCUCAUGGCUGGCUGACGGAUCUGGCUGCUCAUGGCUGGCUGACGGAUCUGGCUGCUCAUGGCUGGCUGACAGGUCUGGCUGCUCAUGGCUGGCUGACGGGUCUGGCUGCUCAUGGCUGGCUGACGGAUCUGGCUGCUCAUGGCUGGCUGACGGAUCUGGCUGCUCAUAGCUGGCUGAUGGUGCUGGCUGGGAGACUGGCGGUGGAGGCGGACCCCAGCCUCGGAUUGCAGUCAACAUCUCCAGCAGGGCGGCUCCCAUCUGCAGGAGCUGCUCUUCCUGGUCCCGAACCCGAGCUUCCAGUCUAGUAUGGGCUGCGUCGGCUCCUGCUGAUUCCAUAGCAGAUGUAUGAUUCUGUCUGGCGGAAGGCUCUAGCGGCUCCUGUCUGGCGGAAGGCUCUGAAGGCUCAUGGCUGACGGACGGCUUUGCAGGCUCAGUACAGACGGGCGGCUUAUGCAGCGCUUGGCAAACGGGCAGUUCAGACGCCAUAGGGCCGACGGGCAGUUCAGGCGCCGUUGGGCAGACGGCAGACUCUGGCCGACUGGUAACGCACCCCGUAGGAUUCGUGCGUGGAGCAGGAACAGGCCGGGCUGGGCUGGCGACGCGCACCUUAUCCCUGGUGCGAGUGGCCGGAACAGGCCGGGCCGGGCUGGCGACGCACAUCGUGGACCUGGUGCGUGGAGUAGGAACAGACCGGUCCGUACCGGGAACACCCACCACUGGCCCUUAACUGGGGAUCAAGAACGGACCGGACCAGACUGGGAACACACUUCAGUCUCUCAUGCCGUGCCACAACAACUUCCCUCCUUCCACUCCCCAAUGGCUCCCGUACUCCGUUAGCCUUCUCUCCUUUUCUCCCUGUGGCAGCCUCCUGCUGCCCAGCUGCCCAAGCCAUGUGCCCCCCCCCCAAAAAUUUCUUGGGGUUGCCUCUCUUCCACGGGCUUCCAGCCUCGCCUUCGCGCUGCCUCCUCGUACCACCUCCUCUCGGCUUUGGCUGCCUCCAGCUCUUCACGAGGGAGGCGAUAUUCUCCCGGUUGUGCCCAAGGAUCCUUUCCGUCCAAUAACUCUUCCCAUGUCCAGACCCUCGGCUCCUGGACACGCUUGUUACGCUGCUUGGUCCUUUUGUGGUGGGUUAUUCUGUCAUGAUCGUCUGAAGGAUUGGACCAAUGCGCAGCGUUGCGAGUGAACAUGAUGACUUUAUUAAUCCAAAGAAACCACGAAAAACAACAAAAGACGAUACGUGAAGUUCUAUACUGAAACACACUAACAACAACACAGAAACAAUAACCCACAAAACAAAGGUGAAAACACACAGAAUAUAUAUGGCUCCCAAUCAGAGAUAACGAGCCGACAGCUGACACUCGUUACCUCCGAUUGGGAGUCAUCGACCAAUCACCACAUGACACAAACAAAAUGAAACUCACCCAUACCACACACCACCAAAUGAAAUACACCCAAACACAAGAAAAUGAACAACCCUGGCUCAAUAUAAACGUCCAUAGAGCCAGAGUGUUACAGUCUCCCCUGUAUAAUAAUGUGGUUGACUGACUGGUCUCCCCUGUAUAAUAAUGUGGUUGUGGUUGACUAACUGGUUUCCCCUGUAUAAUAAUGUGGUUGUGGUUGACUAACUGGUUUCCCCUGUAUAAUAAUGUGGUUGUGGUUGACUGACUGGUCUCUCCUGUAUAAUAAUGUGGUUGACUGACUGGUCUCUCCUGUAUAAUAAUGUGAUUGUGGUUGACUGACUGGUCUCUCCUGUAUAAUAAUGUGAUUGUGGUUGACUGACUGGUCUCUCCUGUAUAAUAAUGUGGUUGACUGACUGGUCUCUCCUGUAUAUGAAUGUGGUUGUGGUUGACUAACUGGUCUCCCCUGUAUAAUAAUGUGAUUGUGGUUGACUGACUGGUCUCUCCUGUAUAAUAAUGUGGUUGACUGACUGGUCUAUUCUGUAUAAUAAUCUGGUUGUGGUUGACUGACUGGUCUCUUCUGUAUAAUAAUGUGGUUGUGGUUGACUGACUGGUCUCCCCUGUAUAAUAAUGUGAUUGUGGUUGACUGACUGGUCUCUACUGUAUAAUAAUGUGGUUGACUGACUGGUCUAUUCUGUAUAAUAAUGUGGUUGUGGUUGACUGACUGGUCUCCCCUGUAUAAUAAUGUGGUUAACUUACUGGUCUCUCCUGUAUAAUAAUGUGGUUGACUGACUGGUCUAUUCUGUAUAAUAAUCUGGUUGUGGUUGACUGACUGGUCUCUUCUGUAUAAUAAUGUGGUUGUGGUUGACUGACUGGUCUCCCCUGUAUAAUAAUGUGAUUGUGGUUGACUGACUGGUCUCUACUGUAUAAUAAUGUGGUUGACUGACUGGUCUAUUCUGUAUAAUAAUCUGGUUGUGGUUGACUGACUGGUCUAUUCUGUAUAAUAAUGUGGUUGUGGUUGACUGACUGGUCUCCCCUGUAUAAUAAUGUGGUUAACUUACUGGUCUCUCCUGUAUAUGAAUGUGGUUGUGGUUGACUAACUGGUCUCUUCAGUAUAAUAAUGUGGUUGUCGUUGACUAACUGGUUUCCCCUGUAUAAUAAUGUGGUUGUGGUUGACUGACUGGUCUCUCCUGUAUAAUAAUGUGGUUGACUGACUGGUCUCUCCUGUAUAUGAAUGUGGUUGUGGUUGACUAACUGGUCUCUUCAGUAUAAUAAUGUGGUUGUCGUUGACUAACUGGUUUCCCCUGUAUAAUAAUGUGGUUGUGGUUGACUGACUGGUCUCCCCUGUAUAAUAAUGUGGUUAACUUACUGGUCUCUCCUGUAUAUGAAUGUGGUUGUGGUUGACUAACUGGUCUCUUCAGUAUAAUAAUGUGGUUGUCGUUGACUAACUGGUUUCCCCUGUAUAAUAAUGUGGUUGUGGUUGACUGACUGGUCUCUCCUGUAUAAUAAUGUGGUUGACUGACUGGUCUCUUCUGUAUAAUAAUGUGAUUGUGGUUGACUGACUGGUCUCUUCUGUAUAAUAAUGUGGUUGUGGUUGACUGACUGGUCUCCCCUGUAUAAUAAUGUGAUUGUGGUUGACUGACUGGUCUCUCCUGUAUAAUAAUGUGGUUGACUGACUGGUCUAUUCUGUAUAAUAAUCUGGUUGUGGUUGACUGACUGGUCUAUUCUGUAUAAUAAUUUGGUUAUGGUUGACUGACUGUCUCUCCUGUAUAAUAAUGUGGCUGUGGUUGACUAACUGGUAUCUUCUGUAUAAUAAUGUGGUUGACUGAGAGGUCUCUCCUGUAUAAUCAUGUGGUUGUGGUUGACUGACUGGACUCUUCUGGAUAAUAAUGUGGUUGUGGUUGACUAACUGGUCUCCCUUGUAUAAUAAUGUGGUUGUGGUUGACUGACUGGUCUCUCCUGUAUAAUAAUGUGGUUGACUGACUGGGCUUUCCUGUAUAUGAAUGUGGUUGUGGUUGACUGACUGGUCUCCCCUGUAUAAUAAUGUGGUUAUGGUUGACUGACUGGUCUCUCCUGUAUAAUAAUGUGGUUGACUGACUGGUCUCUCCUGUAUAAUAAUGUGGUUGUGGUUGACUGACUGGUCUCUCCUGUAUAAUAAUGUGUUGUGGUUGACUGACUUGUCUCUCCUGUAUAAUAAUGUUGUUGUGGUUGACUGACUGGUCUCUCCUGUAUAAUAAUGUGUUUUGGUUGACUGACUGGUCUCCCCUGUAUAAUAAUGUGGUUGUGGUUAUCUGACUGGUCUCUUCUGUAUAAUAAUGUGGUUGUGGUUGACUGACUGGUCUCUCCUGUAUAAUAAUGUGGUUGUGGUUGACUGACUGGUCUCUCCUGUAUAAUAAUGUGGUUGUUCUUGACUAAGCGGUCUCUCCUGUAUAAUCAUGUGGCUGUGGUUGACUAACUGGUCUCUUCAGUAUAAUAAUGUGGUUGUCGUUGACUGACUGGUCUCUCCUGUAUAAUAAUGUGGUUGACUGACUGGUCUCUCCUGUAUAUGAAUGUGGUUUUGGUUGACUGACUGGUCUCUUCUGUAUAAUAAUGUGGUUGUGGUUGACUGACUGGUCUCUUCUGUAUAAUAAUGUGGUUGUGGUUGACUGACUGGUCUCUUCUGUAUAAUAAUGUGGUUGACUGACUGGUCUAUUCUGUAUAAUAAUUUGGUUAUGGUUGACUGACUGUCUCUCCUGUAUAAUAAUGUGGCUGUGGUUGACUAACUGGUAUCUUCUGUAUAAUAAUGUGGUUGACUGAGAGGUCUCUCCUGUAUAAUCAUGUGGUUGUCGUUGACUGACUGGACUCUUCUGGAUAAUAAUGUGGUUGUGGUUGACUAACUGGUCUCCCUUGUAUAAUAAUGUGGUUGUGGUUGACUGACUGGUCUCUCCUGUAUAAUAAUGUGGUUGACUGACUGGGCUUUCCUGUAUAUGAAUGUGGUUGUGGUUGACUGACUGGUCUCCCCUGUAUAAUAAUGUGAUUGUGGUUGACUGACUGGUCUCUUCUGUAUAAUAAUGUGGUUGUGGUUGACUGACUGGUCUCCCCUGUAUAAUAAUGUGAUUGUGGUUGACUGACUGGUCUCUACUGUAUAAUAAUGUGGUUGACUGACUGUCUCUCCUGUAUAAUAAUGUGGCUGUGGUUGACUAACUGAUAUCUUCUGUAUAAUAAUGUGGUUGUGGUUGACUGACUGGUCUCUCCUGUAUAAUAAUGUGGUUGACUGACUGGUCUCUCCUGUAUAAUAAUGUGGUUGACUAACUGGGCUCUCCUGUAUAAUAAUGUGAUUGUGGUUGACUGACUGGUCUCUACUGUAUAAUAAUGUGGUUGACUGACUGGUAUAUUCUGUAUAAUAAUGUGGUUGUGGUUGACUAACUGGGCUCUCCUGUAUAAUAAUAUGGUUUUGGUUGACUGACUGGUCUCUCCUGUAUAAUAAUGUGAUUGUGGUUGACUGACUGGUCUAUUCUGUAUAAUAAUUUGGUUAUGGUUGACUGACUGUCUCUCCUGUAUAAUAAUGUGGCUGUGGUUGACUAACUGGUAUCUUCUGUAUAAUAAUGUGGUUGACUGAGAGGUCUCUCCUGUAUAAUCAUGUGGUUGUGGUUGACUGACUGGACUCUUCUGGAUAAUAAUGUGGUUGUGGUUGACUGACUGGUCUCCCUUGUAUAAUAAUGUGGUUGUGGUUGACUGACUGAUCUCUCCUGUAUAAUAAUGUGGUUGACUGACUGGGCUUUCCUGUAUAUGAAUGUGGUUGUGGUUGACUGACUGGUCUCCCCUGUAUAAUAAUGUGAUUGUGGUUGACUGACUGGUCUCUCCUGUAUAAUAAUGUGGUUGACUAACUGGUAUAUUCUGUAUAAUAAUGUGGUUGUGGUUGACUAACUGGGCUCUCCUGUAUAAUAAUGUGGUUUUGGUUGACUGACUGGUCUCUCCUGUAUAAUAAUGUGGUUGUGGUUGACUAACUGGUCUCUCCUGUAUAAUAAUGUGGUUGACUGACUGGGCUUUCCUGUAUAAUAAUGUGGUUGUGGUUGACUAACUGGGCUCUUCUGUAUAAUAAUGUAGUUGUGGUAGACUGACUGGUCUCUCCUGUAUAAUAAUGUGGUUUUGGUUGACUGACUGGUCUCUCCUGUAUAAUAAUGUGGUUGUGGUUGACUGACUGGUCUCUCCUGUAUAAUAAUGUGGUUUUGGUUGACAGACUGGUCUCUUAUGUAUAAUAAUGGUGUUGUGGUUGUCUAACCGGUCUCUCCUGUAUAAUAAUGUGGUUGUGGUUGACUGACUUGUCUCUCCUGUAUAAUAAUGUGUUUGUGGUUGACUGACUGGUCUUUCCUGUAUAAUAAUGUGGUUGUGGUUGACUGACUGGUCUCUCCUGUAUAAUAAUGUGGUUGUGGUUGACUGACUGGUCUCUUCUGUAUAAUAAUGUGGUUGUGGUUGACUGACUGGUCUCUCCUGUAUAAUAAUGUGGUUGUGGUUGACUAACUGGUCUCUCCUGUAUAAUAAUGUGGUUGUUGUUGACUGACUAGUCUCUUCUGUAUAAUAAUGUGGUUGUGGUUGACUAACUGGUCUCUCCUGUAUACUAAUGUGGUUGACUGACUGGUCUCUCCUGUAUAAUUAUGUGGUUGACUGACUGGUCUCUCCUGUAUAAUAAUGUGGUUGACUGACUCGUCUCUCCUGUGUGUAUUCAGUCUCUUCUUUAUAAGAAGGUCCAUGAGGCUCAGUUCAGAUCCCACCUGGCCAAUGAGAUGAUGAUGUACCACAUGAAGGUAAAGCACACACACUAACCCCCCCAACACACACACACACACAUCCAGUGCAGUAGUAAUGCGUGUGUGUGUGUGUGUGUGUGGUGUGUGUGUGUGUGUGUGGUGGUGGUUUGGUGUGGUGUGUGUGUGUGUGUGUGUGUGAGUGUGUGUUGUGUGUGUGGUGUGUGUGUGUGUGUGUGUGUGUGUGUGUGUGUGGUGUGUGUGUGUGUGUGUGUGUGUGGUGUGUGUGGUGUGUGUGUGUGUCUGUGUGUGUGUGUGUGUGUUGUAGGUAUCAGAGCAGGAAGUGGCCCAGCUGUUGGUAACUGGGCUGGAGCCAGUGGAUGAGAUUCAUCCCUUAUUCGCUGAGUUCACAUACACACCCCGCUCACUACCUGACGACAACACACCCAUGGUAAGACAGGCAGACAGAUGGAGAGUGUGCAUGUACGUAUGUGUGUGUUUCAGUGGAAAAUGCCGAGGGGUGGACGGCUCAUAAUAAUGGCUGAAACGGAGCGAAUGGAAUGGCAUCAAACCAUGUGUUUGAUGUAUUUGAUACCAUUCCCCUGAUUCCACUCCAGCCAUUAUCACAAGCCAGUCCUCCCCAAUUAAGCUGACACCAACCUCCUGUGGUGUGUUUCCAUGCACAUCCAUAGAGAUGUAUAGUAUCCAUAGAGAUGUAUAGUAUCCAUAGAGAUGUAUUGUAUCCAUAGAGAGGUAUAGUAUCCAUAGAGAGGUAUAGUAUCCAUAGAGAUGUAUAGUUUCCAUAGAGAUGUAUAGUAUCCAUAGAGAUCUAUAGUUUCAAUUUCAGAUUCAAGUUUUUAUGUGCACAAGUACAUGCACAAGCAUAGUGAAUUCCUUUCCUGCAGCUCUAACCCCAACAAUGCAGUAACCAAUAACAAUAUUCAGGCACACUGCAAACAGUCUUGUUGUUCCUGCUGUACUGUGUCUAAUCUCUGUCUCUCCUGUGUCUCCAGGGUAUCCUGAGUAUGUUUGAGGACAUGGGCUUCAUCAACACCUAUAAGAUUGACCUGCACACUCUGGCCAGGUACCGCCCCUCUCUCUCUCUCUCUCUCUCUCUCUCUCUCUCUCUCUCUCUCUCUCUCUCUCUCUCUCUCUCUCUCUCUCUCUCUCUCUCUCUCUCUCUUUCUCUCUGUCCAAUCACUGUUUGUUUAUGAUAUGGUUGCUAUGGUGAUGAAGUGGUUGUUAUGGUGAUUGAUUGUGUGGUUGUCAUGGUUGCAGGUUCUGUCUGAUGGUGAAGAAGGGUUACAGAGAUCCUCCCUAUCACAACUGGACUCACGCCUUCUCAGUCUCUCACUUCUGUUAUCUGCUCUACAAGAACCUGGGCCUGGCCAAUUACCUCGAGUUAGUAGAAACCCCUUAAACCCUACAUACUAUACCAUAUACCCUAACCCUACAUACUACACCCUACACCAGGGGUCCGCAAUUACAGUGCAUUCGGAAAGUAUUCAGACCCCUUGACUUUUUCCACAUUUUGUUACGUUACAGCCUUAUUCUAAAAUGGAUUAAAUUGUUUUAUCCUCCUCAUCAAUUUACACACAAUACCCCAUAAUGACAAAGCAAAAACAGGUUUUUAGAAAUGUUUGCAAAUACAUUAAAAAAUUAAAAACGGAAAUUUCACAUUAUUAGGGGAGUUUCUUCCAUUCUUCUCUGCAGAUCCUCUCAAGCUCUGUCAGGUUGGAUGGGGAGCGUCUCUGCCAGAGAUGUUCGAUCGGGUUCAAUUCCAGGCUCUGGCUGGGCCACUCAAGGACAUUCAGAGACUUGUCCGGAAGCCACUCCUGCGUUGUCUUGGCUGUGUGCUUAGGGUCGUUGUCCUGUUGGAAGGUGAACCUUCGCCCCAGUCUGAGGUCCUGAGUGCUCUGGAGCAGGUUUUCAUCAAGGAUCUCUCGGUACUUUGCUCCGUUCAUCUUUCCCUCGAUUCUGACUAGUCUCCCAGUCCCUGCCGCUGAAAAACAUCCCCACAGCAUGAUGCUGCCACCACCAUGCUUCACCGUAGGGAUGGUGCCAGGUUUCCUCCAGACGUGACGCUUGGCAUUCAGGCCAAAGAGUUCAAUCUUGGUUUCAUCAGUCCUUUAGGUGCCUUUUGGCAAACUCCAAGCGGGCUGUCAUGUGCCUUUUACUGAGGAGUGGCUUCUGUCUGGCCACUCUACCAUAAAGGCCAGAAUGGUGGAGUGCUGCAGAGAUGGUUGUCCUUCUGGAAGGUUCUUCCAUCUCCACAGAGGAACUCUGGAGCUCUGUCAGAGUGACCAUGGGGUUCUUGGUCACCUCCCUGACCAAGGCCCUUCUCCCCCGAUUGCUCAGUUUGGCCGGGCGGCCAGCUCUAGGAAGUGUCUUGGUGGUUCCAAACUUCUUCCAUUUAAGAAUGAUGGAGGCCACUGUGUUCUUGGGGACUUUCAACGCUGCAGAAAUGUUUUGGUACCCUUCCCCAGAUCUGUGCCACGACACAAUCCUGUCUCGGAGCUCUACGGACAAUUCCUUCGACCUCAUGGCUUGGUUUUUGCUCUGACAUGCACUGUCAACUGUGGGACCUUAUAUAGACAGGUGUGUGCCUUUCCAAAUCAUGUCCAAUCAAUUGAAUUUACCACAGUUGGACUCCAAUCUCAAGGAUGAUCAAUGGAAACAGGAUGCACCUGAGCUCAAUUUCGAGUCUCAUAGCAAAGGGUCUGAAUACUUACGUAAAUAAGGUAUUUCUGUUUUUUAUUUUUAAUAAAUGUGCAAAAAUGUCUAAAAACCUGUUUUCGCUUUGUCAUUAUGGGGUAUUGUGUGUAGAGUGAUGAAGAAAAAAAAGGAGUUAGUAGAAACCCCUUAAACCCUGGAGUAUAUACCAUAACAGUACACACUACACCCUACCUGCUCUGAAAGAACCUGGGCCUGGCCAACUACCUCGAGCUAGUAGAAACCCUGGCACCCUUUAUCCUAUAAUCUACAUACCACAUUUACAUUUUAGUUAUUUAGCAGACGCUCUUAUCCAGAGCGACUUACAGUUAGUGAGUGCAUACAUAUUCAUACUGCCCCCCCGUGGGAAUCGAACCCACAACCCUGGCGUUGCAAGCGCCGUGCUCUACCAACUGAGCUACACGGGACCUAUAACCAUACACACUAUACUUUAAACCCCUGCACCCUGCACCCUAUACACUAACCUCCUACCCCGCCCGCUCUCUCUGUAGGAAUAUAGAGAUCUUUGCUCUCUUUGUCUCCUGUAUGUGUCAUGACCUGGAUCACCGUGGGACUAACAACUCCUUUCAAGUGGCCUCGGUAAGACUGCUCAAACACACACACACACACACACACAACCUAUAACAGUCUUGGGUAUCCUGUUAACACAACACACGCACACACACACACACACACACACUCUCAAAUGCACACAUAUAUGUAGGCACAGCCUUGAUAAGACCCCUCCAAACACACACACACAGGUAUAGCACCGGUAACACUUGUCGAACACACAGUAGGAAAAUUCAGGGAAAGACUGACUGUGGUUAGACAAGAGUAGUACACUUCACUUCAGUGUACAUAGAGCGCAGACUGAGAGGUGGUAUAUCUAUGUAAUAACGUGUUCUGUCUUCUUCCUCUACAGCAAUCUGUCCUGGCUGCCCUCUACAGCUCAGAGGGCUCUGUGAUGGAGGUGAACACAAACAUUUGUGCGCACACACGCACACACACACGUGCACACACGUGCAAGUGGCCAUCCUUCAACCUCCUAUCCCAUAAUAACCUGUGUGUGUUUCCACAGCGACACCACUUUGCCCAAGCCAUAGCCAUUCUGAACACCCACGGCUGCAACAUCUUCGACAAGUUCUCCAGAAAGGUCAGUUUCUCUCCAGUCUGGGAUCCCACACUGACUGUCUCCUGACCCAGGACACCCAGGACUUUUAUAGGGUGUGUGUGUGUGUGUGUGUGUGUGUGUGUGUGUGUGUGUGUGUGUAGUAUUAACAGGACACCCAGGACUGUUAUGGGUUGUGUGUGUGUUGUGUUAACAGCACUGUAACGGAAAAUUAAUUUAUACGGUAAUUUUGGGUAUUAUCAACAGUAAAAUACUCUGAAACAUUUUACUGCAGCAUACUGUAAAUUAUGCUGCAUUGUGGGAAAAUGUUGAGGGUGGGGAAAUAAUUGCUGUAUUUCGAUUGGUACUGUCAUUCCAUCCCACAGAAUACAGUACCGUACCGUAUCUUUGGAGCGCCAAAAACCUUUGACCUUUGGGUGCAUGGUAUUGUUGUUGCUGGCUCAUUAACAUAUUUGGAGGCGUGCCUUGUAAAAGGCUAUAUUUGUUGCACCCCUGAGUGAGAACUCCUAUCUGUUUAUAGUGUUUAUAGUGCCCCAUCAAUUUAAACUGUAUAGGGGACAGAUUGGAGUGGCAGCAAGUCUUAUACCUGAAAUGGGUGAACAUUUUGCAAUGUCCUUUUGGUCUGUUUUCCACUGUAGUCGCUGCCAGUUUGGAAGCUUUUGUUUAAGCCUCUAAAAGUGUAAGUGAUAUAAAACACCAAAUAUUCAUUAAUACACUGUAAUGUGUAAACAUUUUACCUAGCAGCCAACCUGCUUGCACCAUUCCCUUGUAAUUACAGUAAAAUACUGUGAAAUACAAUUAAUUUAAUCCAUUCAUUUAUUCAUUCUGAUUGCGGCAGCAUUUACUUCAUUUCACAGUACUUGCUUUGAUACCGUAUUUAGAUUACAGUAUGUAUACUGUAAUAUGAAAUACAGAAUUUUACCUGCCACUAAGCUGCCUGUGAGAUACUGUCAAAUUCACGGACACCCAGGACUGUUAUCGGUUGUGUGUUGUAUGUUAACAGGACACCCAGGACUGUUAUCGGUUGUGUGUUGUGUGUUAACAGGACACCCAGGAUUGUUAUAGGUUGUGUGUGUGUGUGUGUGCGUGUGUUGUGUUAACUCGUGUGUGUGUGGUUGUCAGGACUACCAGAGGAUGUUGGACCUGAUGAGAGAUAUCAUCCUGGCCACUGACCUGGCUCACCAUCUCCGCAUCUUCCCCGACCUGCAAAGGAUGGCUGAUGGUAAGGCAGUGUGUGUGUGUGUGUGUGUGUGUGUAUGUGUGUGUGUGUGUGUGUAUGUGUGCGUAUUUGUGAGUAUAAUAGUCUUCCAUUCUCGCUCCCUUUCUGUUUGUAUGUGUGUGUGUGUGUGUGUAUGUCUGUGUGUGUGUGUAUGUCUGUGUGUCUGUCUGUGUGUGCGUGUAUGUGUGUGUGUGUGUGUGUGUGUGUGUGUGUGUGUGUGUGUGUGUGUGUGUGUGUGUGUGUGUGUGUGUGUGUGUGUGUGUGUGUGUGUGUGUGUGUGUGUGUGUGUGUGUGUGUGUGUGUGUGUGUGUGUGUGUGUGUGUGCGUGCGCGCUAGCUGGCUACAACCCCAAGAAUCAGACCCACCGUUCUCUGCUGCUGUGCCUGCUGAUGACAUCAUGCGACCUGUCGGACCAGACCAAGGGCUGGAAGACCACCCGCAAGAUCGCUGUGAGGAACCCUAACGUCUACUCCUAACCCUCAACCCUAAAGUUAACACUAACCCUAACCCUAGCCUCAACCACAACCCUAACCCAAACCCAAAAACUAACCCUAGCUUCAUGUCCACAUCCCGGUUCAACCCUAACCCCAGACCCUAGUUGACCUUUGACCCUAAACCUCUUUAUCUCCUCUGUGUAUUCAGGAGCUGAUCUAUAAAGAGUUCUUCUCCCAGGGGGAUCUGGUAUGUGUGCUACACUGUAUUCGUGUAUGUGUGUGUGUGUGUGUGUGUGUGUGCGUGUGUUGGGGGGUGGGUGUGAGGGUGUAUCUGACGUGUGUAACUUCUGUGUGUGUGUGUGUGUAGGAAAAGGCUAUGGGGAACCGUCCCAGUGAGAUGAUGGACAGAGAGAAGGCCUACAUCCCAGAGCUACAGAUCAGCUUCAUGGAACACAUCGCUAUGCCCAUCUACAAGUAAGAGCCAAUCACAACACAGCGUUUAUCACUACUGACCCAAUCACAACACAGCGUUUAUCACUACUGACCCAAUCACAACAAAGCGUUUAUCACUACUGACCCAAUCACAAAACAGCCCACAGCACUUGCACCACCUAAUGUUGUGUCCCCCGCCCCUGUCCCUUGAUAGGCUGCUGUCAGAGCUGUUACCAGGGGCAACCGAGCUGUAUGAGCGUGUAGCGACCAAUCGAGUGCAGUGGACCAAAGUCUCCCACAAGUUCACCGUCCGUGGGUUGCCUAGCAACAAUAGCCUCGACUUCCUGGACGAAGAGUAUGAGCUGCUGCAAUCCCAGGGUGCACUGGGGGAUGACAGCCACUGCGAUGACACCCACUGCCUCAACGGUUGCCUGGAUGAUGGGGGGAGGGGCCAGUGA